UGUAGUCGACAUAUCGAACCACAACGAUGUAUACGAUACGCCGUCGAUGCGGUAUCGGUUUACUAGUUAUUACGGCUUCGUUAUUGUCCGGACGUGAAAUGUACGAAGCGGCAACGGACACCAUAGACACUUCUCAUACAUUCAUCGACGACGGCAGUACAAUAGUUUCGGCCGGUGAAAGCUUCGAGCUCGGCUUCUUCACUCCAGCAAACUCCACCAAUCGAUACGUAGGCAUAUGGUACAAGAGAGUAGUAACCGUACGAACUGUAGUUUGGGUUGCAAACACGGAAACUCCACUCACAGACACCUCUGGUUCGAUGAGACUCAUCGAACCAGGGAUUCUGGUUCUACUAAACAACAAUACCAAUGCCACUGUUUGGUCAACCAAUGCAUCGAGAACCGUGCAGAAUCCAAUCGCGCAGUUACUCGACUCGGGCAAUCUCGUAGUUAAAGACGCGGACGAGGACAAUCCCGAUAUUUUUCUCUGGCAGAGCUUCGAUCAUCCGACCGACACUCUACUACCGGGAAUGAAGAUCGGUAGAAACUUCGUCACUAAUGUAGAAGUGCAUAUUUCGUCACGUAAGAGCAAUACCGAUUUAGCAACGGGGGAGUAUACGUUCACUUGUGAUCCGACUGGCUAUCCGCAAGACAUCGUUAGAAAGGGCGAAACCGUCAUUUAUAGAACCGGACCGUGGAAUGGCAUCGGCUUUAGCGGGAAUCCGAAUUUGCGUAAGAAUUCGAUUUAUACGUACGGAGUGGUCAUAAACGAGCACGAGGUGUACUACCACUACGAGCUACUCAACAACUCGGUUAUAUCAAGGUUUACGUUGAACAAAAACGGGGUUUGUGAGAGGUUGAUAUGGGUAGAUGGAACUCAAGAUUGGCACGUUUAUCUUACGGCACCGACAGAUAAUUGCGAUCUUUACAAAAACUGCGGGCCCUAUGGUAGUUGCAAUAUUGAAAAUUCUCCUGUUUGUGGAUGUUUGAAGAAAUUCAAACCAAAAGAUCCUCAAGGUUGGGAAAGAGGGGAUUGGUCGAAUGGGUGUGUUAGAAGCACGUCGUUGAACUGUGUGAAGGGAGACGGGUUUGUGAAGUAUUCGGGAGUUAAAUUGCCGGAUACUCGGCUUUCGUGGUAUAACGAGAGUAUGAAUCUUGACGAAUGCAAGUUAAUGUGUUCGAAGAAUUGCUCGUGUAUGGCUUAUACAAGUCUAGAUAUAAGCAAGGGCGGAAUCGGAAACGGAUGCCUACUUUGGUAUGGUGACCUUGUCGACAUCAAAGAGUUGUCUCCAGGACAAGAUAUCCACAUAAGGAUGGCUUCGUCUGAGUUAGGUAAGAAUUCGUUCCCAAAAAAAACCGUGAUUUAUAUUGGCCCUCGCAAUCGGGAUAGUUCUGCUAAGCCUGAGCCUGGUGCUUUAUUGUCUGAAAUGGAGGAAGCUCGAUCUUCAGCUGCAAGAAACAGGGCGAGUCUCGACUAUGUGUACGAUCACCCCGACAUAAGUCGUAACUUGGACCUGGAAAUACCACAGUAUGACUUGGCCACACUAAUUGAAGUUACUGAAAAUUUCUCGAUCGGCAAUAAGCUCGGAGAGGGUGGAUUCGGACCUGUUUAUAAGGUAAAGACGUAUUCGAUUUAUAAACUUACGGGCCUUCUAGAAGACGGACAGGAAGUUGCUGUAAAACGACUAUCAAGAACUUCACUUCAAGGAGUACACGAGUUCAAGAACGAAGUCAACUGCAUCGCGAAACUUCAGCACCGAAAUCUGGUUAAGCUUCUCGGAUGCUGCAUCGAAGGAGAAGAAAAGUUGUUGGUUUACGAAUACAUGACCAACAAAAGUCUCGACUUAAUACUAUUUGAUCCGAGGAAAACCAUGUUACUGGAUUGGCCGAGACGCUUCAAUAUUAUUAACGGUAUUGCACGGGGACUUAUGUAUCUACAUCAAGAUUCUCGUCUUAGAGUUAUACACAGAGACCUCAAAGCAAGCAAUAUCUUACUAGAUUCCGAUAUGAAUCCUAAGAUAUCGGACUUUGGACUUGCUAGAACUUUUGGAGGAAACGAGACAGGAGCCAACACAAGCCGAGUAGUCGGAACUUACGGCUAUAUGUCUCCGGAAUACGCGAUCGACGGUGUGUUCUCGGUGAAAUCGGAUGUUUUUAGCUUCGGUGUUCUGGUUCUCGAAAUCGUCAGUGGUAAGAGAAACAGAGGAUUUUCUCAUAGAGAUCACAGGCUCAACCUUCUCGGACACGCAUGGAUGCUACAUAGAGAAGAAAGGUCACUCGAAUUGGUUGAUUCUUACCUAAUAAAUUCAGGCUAUUUACGAGAAGUGCUCCGAUCAAUCGAAGUCGGUCUUUUAUGCGUGCAAGAACGCCCCGAAGAUAGGCCAAACAUGUCUACAGUAGUGUUCAUGCUGAGCAACGAAUGUGUCCUGCCUGAAGCAAAGCAUCCCGGUUUUUUCACAGGAAGAGAUACGUCCAAAAUCGAAACUUCAACGAGCUCAAACACAGCAACAUCGUCAAAUGAGAUGAGCUUUACGAUGUUAGAUGGUCGAUAGAAAAAAAAAAUGCAGUUUUGCAAGACAAAAUAUAUUCUGGUAAUUUAGAGCCUUAUUUAA